UCAGGCAGCAUAUCAUCACGCACUUUCCACCAGAAACAAACAAAUAAACAAAUAAAACCCUAAAAUUCUUUUUACUUAAAUUAAUUAAAAUCGUCGUCGGAAAAGUUCAUCGGAGGCAUUCAAAAGAGACUGUAUUCCCAGUUUUCCAAUUGCAGGGACUUAACAUUUAGCCAAGUUGAAGCGACUAAAUGGACAAAGGAUUUUGGAUGCCAAAGGGGGGCGCUCAUGUAACCGAUGGAGAUGCAGUUUUUGAUAACUCGUCCAGACUGGAGUCUAAGCGUGCCCGCCAAUGGUUCUUGGAUUUUGCUGAGCCAGAUUUAUUUCCUAGCAAAAAGCAGGCUGUUGAAGCUUCAAGUGGCAAGUUGGAAUCUGCAAUUCCCAGCUCUCUUGCAUGGGACAGUUCAUCUGGAUUUCCGUCAGUGCCGUCAGUGCCAAGCCAAUUUAUGGAUCGGCUAUUUGGAUCUGAAACAACUACGCCCGUGAAUCUUGGUGAGAGAAAUAUGCCCAUUUCUGGGAUAGAUGGCUCAAAUGCAAGGAAAAAGAUCGCUAGUGAACAGUUUGAGGAUGAUCCAUCAGUUGGCUUAUCGAUUUCUUAUGCUAUGGAGGAUCCGGAAACGGGAGUAAGUUAUGGUGGACUUAGAAAAGUCAAAGUUAAUCAGGUUAAAGACCCUGAUAACGGGUUGCAUGCAUCUAUUGAAAACAGCAUAGGGAUAUCCAUGGAGCAGACAUACCACAGUGGAAAUGAAAACACCUUCAUGUCCAUGGGACAACCUUAUGGUAAGGAGGGUGGAAGCGUCACAUUGAUGGGUCAUUCGUAUGAUAUCGGUGAAGCAAAUAAUAGAUCUAUGGAAUCUGCUUUCGGGAAAGGUCUUGAUGGUACCAUUUCAAUGACUCACUCGUACAAUAAAGCAGAAAAUAACAGUAUAUCCUUUGGCGGCUUUCAAGAUGAACCUGUCAUGGAAGCUUCUCCUAGGCCACUCAGCAGCUAUAGCUUAUUGUACGAACAAUCUUCAGCUCAAAUGUCCGAACCUCCUAGCAAAAAGGAGUUGGAUGUGCUAAAUGGCAAUGUCGAUCUUAGACCCACUCAAACCCCUAAAACCAAAGUUGAUUCUACACCUAAGAGUAAGUCGGAGUCGAAGCCUGCUAGGAAAGAGGCUCCAAACAGCUUCCCUUCCAAUGUGAGGAGUUUGAUAGCAACUGGCAUGCUUGAUGGGGUGCCAGUGAGAUACGUUUCCGUCUCAAGAGAGGAGCUUCGUGGAAUCAUCAAAGGUUCUGGCUAUCUUUGUGGCUGUCAGUCCUGCAACUACUCUAAGGCACUUAAUGCAUAUGAGUUUGAGCGGCAUGCUGGUUGCAAGACGAAGCACCCAAACAACCACAUAUACUUCGAGAAUGGCAAGACCAUCUAUCAGAUAGUUCAGGAGUUGAGAAGCACCCCAGAGAGUAUGCUAUUCGAUGCAAUCCAGACUGUGACUGGCUCUCCUAUAAAUCAAAAGGCCUUCCGCACUUGGAAAGAAUCAUUCCAAGCAGCAACCCGCGAACUUCAGCGUAUAUAUGGGAAGGAAGAGCUAAACAUAUGACUGAGAGAGUAGUUUUCAUAAAGGCAGCCUGGUCUUGAAAGUAGGCUGGUAUAGUGGCUCAUUUUAUGUGGAGGCCAAGUACUGUACAUGCAUUUGCUAAGUUGAGAUUUAUGUAUAUUCAAGCCACAGAUGCUCGAGAGCCCCAGAUUUGUGAAUUUAUAGUCCCUUCUCAAUAUGUUUUCACGAUCCAACAAA